CCAAACUCAACAGCACUACCAUCCACUCAUAUGGAUCACGGAAAUGGCUCCAGAACCAAGGGAUGUAUCAUGGAGGAGUCUGGAAAUUCCCUUUAAGUUUUUGCCACUUUGCAAGAUCGGGGUCGUUGUUGCAGCAUCUCUCCUCACAAUUUUCUUUGCAGUCCCAGUUACAGCUGUUCAAGGAAUCGCUAAACUAGAGAAACUUAAGAAAUGGUUCCCCCCAGCCAUGGCUAUGGAGCUAAUACCAGGAUUAAGCUCCAUUAUUACAGGGUAUCUUCCAAGUGCCAUUCUCAAAGGCUUUAUAUAUGUUGUUCCCUUUGCAAUGCUUGGCAUGGCUAAAUUAGGCGGUUCGAUUUCAAAGAGCAAGGAGGAGAUUAAAGCUUGCAAUAUGGUUUUCUACUUUCUCGUGGGAAAUGUUUUCUUUUUGAGCUUGAUAUCAGGAUCCCUACUUGAUGAACUUGGAGAAUAUUUGACCCAUCCUAGGACUAUUCCUAGUCAUCUUGCCAGUGCUGUCUCUUCCACAAUAAUUACAUUCAGCUCUAGAGGCUUUAGGAUCAACAUCAAGUUUUGUUUUGAAGUUGAAGUAGUUGAUGUUGGUGUAGUGCUCAUGGAAGAAGCAUUUUGA